GCUUCAAAGGAAUCCUUUUCUCUCAUCCACAUCCUUCCCACCCUCUCUCUCCCUGCCUCCCUCUCUUUCCUUUUCCUGCUCUUCCCAUUCUCAUUCUCACGCAUCCAGACAACUCCAUGAAACUUCCUCAACCAGUUGCAAAACUUUACUGUGUUUAGCAGCUACCCUCUUCAGGCACUUUCCUUCAGGUUGCUUCACCUACACCUAAACGUAUUCCAAUUAUUAUUGGGCUGUAGGUAUCCGGCUGCUAAGGGUUGUCCAUCUUCAAAUUCACUCACUUUUCUCGGCUUUUUCUCCUUCAAAUCCAUAGUAACAAGACAGCUAUAUAUACAUAUUUAUAUCAUUUGUGUGGGAUUACCAUCACAGCCGAAUUCAGUUUUUCUAUUUAAUUACUCGUUUCGAUUAAUUGCUGCAUGUAUGAUUUCCAGUGUAAGCGGUUUCUAUAUCUACAGUCAGGUUUUGCACCUCAGAUCUCAGAUUCCACUUCAGGCUGGUGCUUCAAAUGCCGAUCUGUCUUAGAUUUAUGUCUCACCUUUAGUUUGUAGAAAGAUGAUGAAAGCUUUGGCGGUGGAUGAGAAUAUGUCCAAUUUGACAACUGCAUCUAGUGAAAUAAUAAGCGCUUCUUCUGGGACUAGAAAUGAUACUCCUGUCUCUCUCUAUCCUCAGCAGUACUCCUCCACUUCAACAAAUCAAGAACCACAACCCAAAAAGAAGAGAAACCUUCCGGGCAAUCCAGACCCAGAAGCUGAAGUAAUAGCCUUGUCUCCCAAGACCCUCUUGGCGACAAACCGGUUCAUUUGCGAAAUAUGCAACAAAGGGUUUCAAAGAGACCAAAAUCUUCAGCUUCACAGGAGAGGGCACAACUUGCCAUGGAAGCUCAAACAAAGAAACAACAAUGAAGUUAUUAAAAAGAAGGUGUAUGUGUGCCCGGAGGUAACAUGUGUUCACCAUGACCCCUCAAGGGCCCUCGGAGACCUCACUGGCAUCAAAAAGCAUUUCUGCAGAAAGCACGGCGAGAAAAAAUGGAAGUGUGAGAAAUGCUCCAAGCGUUACGCUGUUCAGUCUGACUGGAAGGCUCACUCUAAAAUUUGCGGCACCAAGGAGUACAAAUGUGAUUGCGGAACCAUCUUCUCUAGAAGGGACAGUUUCAUCACACACAGAGCCUUCUGCGAUGCUUUAGCACAGGAGAGUGCAAGAGCAAUCACAGCAGUGAACCCUCUUCUUCACAGCCAUCCCCUCCAAGCUCCACCACCGCCACUACUUGCAAAAAAAGAGCAAGAUUUUCCACCAUGGUUGGGAGAAGCUGGAACCGGAAACACCCUCAGACCUUUCUCCUCCUCACAUUUGGAUCAGUCCUUGAAUUUAAUCCAUCACCAUCAAAACCCUAACCCCACACCGUCCCUUCCUCGUUUCCAAUCCCCACCCUCUCCUUAUAUGUCAGCCACUGCUUUGUUGCAGAAAGCAUCACAAAUUGGUCACAUGCCUCAAUCUGAUCAUCAAUGUACCACCAUGCCUAAUUCAUCCUCAUCUUUAGCUGUUGCUGUUUUGGGUAUGCCUUCACGUGACCAGAUGGGGUUGCCUCAUGCCUUGGCUUCUUAUGGGAAUAAAGCUGCUGGGUUCGCCUCUGAUUACUUAGAAGAUGAUGCUACUGCUGUAAAUUGCAACACAGAAGCUCCACCUACUGCUUCUCUUUUCCAUGACAUGAUGGCUAACGCUGCUUCUACUGUGUCCGUGCCUUCUUCUGCUAGUGCCUUUGAGAGGUCUUCCUUCGAGGAUGCUUUGAGAGGAAUGUUGAAUCCAACAUCAAGAGACACUGCUAGUGAUGAAAUGACCCGAGAUUUUCUGGGUCUCAAGGCAUUUUCUCAAAAGGAUUUUUUCAACAUAUCGGGGCUUGACCAUUUGGCUUCUUCGUCGUAUGGUAAGCAAAGUCGCAACCAAACACCUUGGCAAGGAUAAUUAGGUUUGUUUGUGCAUUACAUCGAUGUACAAAUAUAUAUCCAAUAACGCCUUGUCUUGGUGGUAUUUAUACAUCUUCCAAAGGUUUUAAUUCUGUCUUUCAUGGGAUUUCCAAAUUGAUUUUCCUUAGCUAAGACAUAUUCCUGUAGUUGAAUAUGGACUCUGAAUAGUACUGUAAAGGGACAACUAUUGGUCUCAGCCUUCUGCAGCCUUCGUAAUAUUAUCUGCACAAGUUUUCAUUAAUUAAUAAUCUGACUCUUAUAUCUAUGAUAUUAUUGAUAUUGACAUCUGGCA